CUCUUGUUCACCCAUCACCCAUCACCACCCAGAGUUCCCACACACGGCCACCUCCGAAGCAUCAACGCUUCCACCAUCGCUCCGCUGCUGGAACUGCCCGCAAAGUCGCCGCUCAAUGACGACGACGUGAAAAGCAUCGUGUGCCUGUGACAGGCUAAAAGUACGACACAUUCACCGAGGACCCCUCUGACUUCAACCGCCCCAGCUUCCGCGAGCCUCACACCAUGGACCUACGCACGUGGUUCCGCGACCUCACGCCCUACUUCCUCUACCUGCUCUUCGUUGCGACUCUCGGCCCGCUUCUCUUCGGAUUUCACUUGGCGGAACUGAACGCCCCCGAGGAUGUCAUUCGGUGUAAGAAGAAGUCGAUCGUAGCAGCCUCCACCAGUCUUCCACAAUGCAUUCAAAUGGAUUCCACGCAGUGGGGUGCGGUUGGCUCCAUGUACACACUCGGCGGUCUCAUAGGGGCCUUGUCUGCAGGGCCCCUCUCGGGCCGCUACGGUCGCCUUAAUACUAUGCGAAUCACUACCUUCUUCUUCGCGCUUGGUCCCGUCUUUGAAGCGUUAUCCCCAAAUAUCGGCGUAAUGGCUUUUGGAAGACUAGUGUCGGGCAUUGGAGCUGGAGCUGCGGUCGUAGUGGUGCCUAUCUACAUCUCAGAAAUUGCUCCACCAGCUGAGAAAGGCUUCUUUGGAGCCUUCACGCAGAUUAUGUGUAAUUUUGGAAUCCUCGUCGCACAAAUUCUGGGCUACUUUUUGAGUAGAGGGCAAUACUGGAGAAUCAUUCUUGCUGCUGGUGGCGUCAUCGGGGUCGGCCAAUUCCUUGGUCUUCUCCUGUCUGUCGAAAGCCCAAAAUACCUCGCGGAUCAGGGAAACUCCGUCAAAGCAAAGAGGAUACUCCGGAAAAUUCGGGGUGAGAAGUUUGACAUCGACGAGGAAGUCAGCGGCUGGGGGAUGGAAAGUGCCGACGAAAUGGAUGAUGAGGAGCAGACAUUACUUCAAGACGAAGAUCACAUAUCUCAUCACAGCGAAUCUUCCACCUCGAAGCGCAAAUUAGCAAAAGAGGACGCGCUCAGCAUUAUUCAAGUCUUGCGCCACCCCGAGUACAGUAAAGCCGCCAUCGCCGUUAUAAUGGUCAUGUUGGCUCAGCAAUUCAGCGGUAUUAACAGCAUUGUCAUGUACGGUGUGUCUCUGCUUGCAGAUUUGCUUCAGUCGAACUCUGCGCUUCUCAACCUCGCUGUCUCAGCCAUCAACAUCAUUGUUACGGCCGGGUGUGCUCCUCUUGUGGACAAGUUAGGUCGCAAAACCUGCCUUCUGAACUCUCUCACUGGCAUGGGUAUAAGUUCACUUCUGCUGGCUAUAGGCAUCAUAAGAUCCAUCAGCAUCCUCUCCGCUGUCGCCGUUUUACUUUUCGUCUCCAGCUUCGCCCUCGGGCUCGGCCCUGUUCCAUUCAUCCUAUCAAGCGAGCUUGUCGGACCUGAUGCCGUAGGCGCAACCCAAAGCAUCGCACUUGGUGCCAAUUGGAUUGCAACGUUUGUUGUCGCACAGUUCUUCCCCCUAGCCAGCGCAGUCCUGCACGGCAAAGUCUAUUUCAUCUUCGCGGCGUUGUCUGCUUUCUUCUUCCUCUUCAUAUCUUGGUUUGUUCCAGAGACGAAAGGUAAGAAGACUGUGGAUGAAGUCUGGGACGGCUUCAACCUCGUCCCUUCGGUGGAUGAGGCCGAAGACCAGUCGAUGCAGGACGAGAGUUUGGCGACUGCGACUCCCCACGAACCUCCGCCGUCCCUGAUCUCGCCCGCAUUCACGCCUCCCGCCACUCCCGGUUUCUCCACUCCUUCGCACCCCAGGCCACCCCGCUCGACGCCAGUUGAUACUUCUCUGCCUUCGGAUACCCCUGCCCCGAAUCUGCUACAGAUCCUUCCAGUCGUUGAAUGCGAAGUGCGUGCAAGAAUACCUACCACGGCGGGCCAGGAAAUGUGGCUGCAUGUUUACAGGAACAGCAUAGAUACGAAGGAGCACCUAGCAAUUGUCUUUGGAAACAAUAUCCGUUCCCGCAGCUUAGAUGCCGAGCGCCCUGGAGAAACUGAACUUGACCGCAUGACGCGGGGCGCAUACGUAGGCCGCCUCUAUCCUGGACGAACCAGCUCCCGGAUAGAACAAAUCAAAAGGUCCGAGGGCGUGCUGCCAAAUCAAAAGGUCUUAAAUAAUCCAGAUUCUGGCAAUCUACAAACUGUGAAGACAAAUGGGCUCCUCACACCCUUUUCAGCGGCAUCGUCGGAAUCUGGCGAAGUCCAAACCCCCACCUCCAACCUCGAAUUGCCACUCGUCCGCAUCCACUCCGAAUGCUACACCGGUGAGACGGUCUGGUCCGCCCGCUGCGACUGCGGCGAGCAACUCGACGAAGCUGCACGUCUGAUGUCUGACCCCUCGCUCUCUCCAUCUGGUGGUGCCAUUAUCUACCUCCGCCAAGAAGGCCGCGGUAUUGGUCUCGGCGAAAAACUCAAAGCGUACAAUCUCCAGGAUCUGGGCAAUGAUACAUAUGAGGCGAAUAUUUUACUCAGACAUCCGGCGGAUGCGAGGAGUUAUGGUCUAGCGACGGCUAUGCUGAUCGAUUUGGGGUUAGGAGGGGAGGAUGGCAUCAGACUGUUGACGAAUAAUCCCGAUAAGGUCAGGGCGGUGGAGGGGCCAGGAAGAGAAGUGGUGGUAAGGGAGAGAGUGGCUAUGGUGCCAUUGGCUUGGAAGACUGGGGGGAAAGCUGGGAUAAGAAGUGAGGAAGUGGAGAAGUAUUUGUCCACAAAGAUCGAGAAGUUCAAACAUAUGUUGAGCCAAAAGUAGGAACCCAUCGCAAGGACUUUUUGGGUCGCAAAAAUCUUUCGCACCAUCUAUAUCAAAGAUAGCAUUUACGCAGGAGUUAUUUGGGGUUACAUACAUUUCAGCACUGUCUUGGAAACAGCAACCUUUUUUGCCAGAUACCAUUUUCAGCCAUUGUAUAUAUCGGGCGUUGAUGAUGUACAGAUAUUCAGCGAAAACAGUACAUUUUACUUUCUUUUGCACAAAACCGAGGUUCUAUCUCGAUUCGAGGGACAUGGCUGCGCCCGUGUUGUGCACUCUACUUAGGGGCCAGCCCUGUGACCUGACAAGGAGACUCAAACUAGCCAAGGCUAGGCAUGAACGUAUAAAGAGCUAGCUAGCUAUCCUUCU